AAUGUCACUGGUAAAUUAACAAGCACCGCCUCUCAUCUUCUUUUAUUACCACCACUUAUUCUACCCCUCACCAAAACCCUAAUUCCACCAUGUCUAACCACCAAAAACCUUCAAACCACAACCAAUCCGACGAAAACAACCGCCUCUACAACCCAUACCAAGACCUCAAACUCCCCGCACAAACCGUAUACAAACUCCCCACAUCUCCCCAAUUCCUCUUCCAAGAAGAAUCCAUCGCUCAACGCCGUUCAUGGGGCGAAAACCUAACCUACUACACCGGCAUCGGCUACCUAAGCGGCGCCAUGAUCGGCGCCGGAAAAGGCUGCAUCGAAGGCAUGAAAGCGUUUGAACCUGCAGACACUUCGAAAAUUAGGGUUAAUAGGAUAUUAAAUGGUUCAGGAGGUUUGGGAAGGAGAUAUGGGAACCGUGUGGGUGUAAUUGGGUUGUUGUAUGCAGGAAUGGAGAGCGGAAUGGCUGCGGUUAGGGAUAAGGAUGAUAUUGUUAAUAGUGUGGUGGCUGGGUUGGGGACCGGGGUGGUUUAUAGGGCCGCUGCGGGCGUUAGGUCCGCCGCGGUGGCUGGAGCGGUUGGUGGAAUGGUGGUGGGGUUGGGGGCUGUAGGGAAGCAUGUUUUGAAGAGAUAUGUGCCAAUUUGAGAGUUUGAAAGGUGCAUGUUUGGUUGAAAAAAAACUUUGUUCUGUAAUGUGUUAGCAUCACGAAGGGUUUAGUGACAAGUGACAAAUAAAGUUACGUAGACUUUUAUAUGUUUAAAUCUUAUUACAGCGUUUUGAGUU